AUGCACCCGAGGUAUUAUGGGAAAACUGAAGAUGGGGUUCUUGUUCAGCGGCCAGAUUAUGACGUAUGGAUUACAAACCAACAGAUAAUAGUGGCUUAUAUAUAACUUUAUAAGACACGUUUUUUUUCGAAUACUUUAAUUUUACAGACUAUUGGGUUUCACAGAGAACAACACGGUUGUUCCUCUUUUUUAAAAAAAAGGCAAUUGUUUAAAUAAUAACUUUUAACCCAGUUCCGUGAUGAUAAUACUGACAUUUUAAUAUUCUAAAAUCAUUGUUCAGUAUGUGCAGUUGGAUUUAGAGAAAUCACUUUGCAAGAAACUUUCUUAUAAAUGCGAGGAAAUGUCCCUGGUUUCAGACAAGACAAAAGAUAUUUCACGUAUACUGCUCAUACUUAUUCGUAUCAACACCAUAUCUUCUUUUAAAGUAUGUUUUCGACAUUCAGAGGUAGACCUUGCCUCAGCCACAAGCUAGCCGGACAGUAGUACUAAUGUAGAAAGUAACAAUAGAUGUAUUUUGUGUUACUCUUUCAAACCUAGUCAGAUAUGAUAGUCACGUGCUUCCAAUCUGCCUCCCAAGCAAUAUAAUUCAAUUCCCGUAUGGGAAGAUUGCUUCAUAACGGGAUGGGGAACAACUGGAUGGAACAAGCCGCGAUCUAAGCUUUUGCAACAAGCUCUAAUCCCUUUAGAAUCGAGAGAUGAAUGCAAUGAAAAGAAAUCAUACAACGGAACAGUUCCCCAAAGGGCCGUAUGCGGAGGCUUUAAAGAUGGUAGGGUUGACGCAUGCCAAAGAGACAGUGGUGGACCGCUGGCUUGUGAACAUGGCAAGGCUGGUACCUCCUUAAUUGGUCUGGUAUCGUGGGGGUAAAGAUGUGUUUAUGCCAACGUACGAGUAUUACAUGCGUGGAUUACAAACAUUGUAGGAGAUGAAAGUUAAAACGGCAACAAGAUUCACUAGCUUCUUGACAUGGUUAAGUGAACACUAGUUUGAAAGUUACACAACGUAACCACAGCAGAGAAGUUUUUUCCAACUUGUUCAGUUUCAAAAGAAAUCACACGUUAAAUUUUAAUUCUGGACAAAAUGUAUUGCACAGUUUUAAGAUGGUUUUCAACAGGAACGGCUGACUUACUUAUUAAUCGUCUUACAUGACUUCACAUUGUACAAAGGAGGACAAAACGAGAAGAUGAAAGGACAAACUGAUCAAACUUGUUCUACUUAUAGUGUUGUGAAAAUGAAGUACAAAAACUUCAAGAACAUCUUUAAAUAAUUCAAAGGAUAACACAAGCCACAGAAAGGGAUAUAGAAUGCUUCCUAAGAAAAUUUUUCUCGGAAGCCUUUGCCUAGAGGGAGGGUUCGAAGUCUCGUUUUCGGGUGAUUUUUCGUCUAGCACGAGUUGGUUACUGCCGUGCCAGUUUAA